GGCAAAAUAAAGCAAAAAUAGCGUUGAAGCAAAAACAGUGUAGGUCUAUUUAGGCUUAUUCUAGUUUCUAGAACAAUGUGAAAUCUGCUCCCUUCUAAGCCUAUUUUUGUAAAGUCUCAUUAGUUUCCGAAUGUGUAUUUUAUUCAUAUGACUGAAAUUAAAUUACCCUUAAUUGAAAGCAGAGUCAUGUUUUAAUACCGAUGACGUGCACCAAAGAGCAACUGUCACAUCUGCCAUCUGAUGAUAGAAAACUGAAAAAAGUCUCACCAUAUGGAUGAACAACAACCUAUUAAAAAUCUCUUAAAAUUGUAUUAAUGAGGUGUAUAAACCAAGAUCUCUUCGAGUUAAAAAUUAAAGCAGAGAAGAAUGUGCAUUUAUGACUCUUUGACAUUGAAAUAAAUCAUUCAGAACAGAGAACUUGAUCUACAUCCAAUAGCCUAUGCCAAUUUCCACUUUUUCUGACUUGUGUUAUCAAAGAAGUUGACGUCGCACAGCCAAAUGACGUCGCAGACGUCACAACCAAUGUUUGAUCACGCGCGCAUUAUGACGUAACGCUGCCAAGGAAAGCGUUGCUAGGCAAUUAAACGCCCAAGCAGAAUAUUGACUUGGUCACGAGGAUUAUUUCUCGCGCAAAUUUCAGCAAUUUUAUUUGAUAUUAGUGAAGUAGCCAUGACUACCAGAGAGAAUUCGUUCAGUGGACAUGCGAAGAAGAGGAUCAGACACACGAAUGAUCCUAUUCCACACUGGAAAAAGACAAAAUGUCUUGAAUAUUUGGAGGCUGAGGAGGAGCCGCCAUGUCAACUUACAAGUCUGCCUCCAGAGCUCAUGGAGCAAAUUGUUCAGCAUCUUGACACCAAGAGCUUUGUUCAAUUUUCCCGCACAUGUAAGACGUUCCAAGCAUUGUGCCGUGAUCCAUACUUUUGGAAGCGACACGUUGAGGUAAGACCAUGUAUUAGUCGAUAACUAUAAUACAUCAAUGCAUCUAUUCUCUAUUCAAAACAAACGAAUUUUAACAUACGUUUAAUUUUUUUAUGAUACAUUCAGUUUUCCGCGAUUAUCGGUGCUUUUUUGAAAAAAAAAAUCCAGAGGCAUUUCAUGGCGUGUAAGUCAAAACUUAAAUUACCACUUCCAGAACGUGUAUGACUUCGGGUUUGGUAAAUAUCUCAUGAGAAUCCCAGACCCUGCACUGGCUCCCAAGAUGGUGUCAGCGCUGCUGUACAAACUGCAGUACAUAAAAGGUCUGAUCUACGAGAAGGAGUACCAAGGGUUAAUGGCGGGAGAUCCAGAGGUUAUCACGUGUCUGUACGCACUGGAUGCUAAAGACCCCUACUGGCAGCGAGGCAAACAGUUCCUUUUCUCCCAAAUGUUGAAGCUAUUCAACUUUCCGCUGCAUUAUUUCCAAGAUCAAGAUGAAUCUUCGAUAGAAGACAUGGACCUCAGUUGGGGUGGUCUACUGUCCCUGCACCGGCAGCGAAUGAACCGCCCCGGUUGUGAUGUCAAGUUUUACGACUAUUACAUGGAAUGCUUAACAGAUAAUUACAUCAUAAUAGAAGCUCUUUACGAUGCUUGCGUACAGACAGUAGAAAUAAGGACACUGGCUCGACUGUUGGAGGGUCACAGGUCGGCUGACACACCCAUAUUUAAGGCCAUACGUGACGUUCAAAUAUUAGAUGGAGACGAGGUCGACGAACUGUACGAUAUGGCCGAAGAAUUGAACCUGGGACAGGGGCCCAUCGUGGAUAUGCUAAUGGAUCACUUAUUCAAAACCCACCCAUUCUUGAUGACAAACAAGGCCAAGAUUCGAAGUGGAGAAUUCGACCUCGACAGCGUAUUGAGGUACAUGAACAACUGUGCCGACUUAUACAGCGUUGUGGACCAACAGUACAAAUCGUGGUGCUUGUUCAACGAGUACGACUUGGACUCACUAGAGCACUACGAGUCACUUGGACAGCGGUAUUACGAAGUGCAGACAUUGUACACCUCUUUUCUCUGGGACUUGCAUUAUCGCCAGAGUCCUUACGGUGCUCUGUGGGACCCUGGUAGAGCCAAGGAGGAAGUGGUGUGUUGGAUGAAUCAGUUGUGGACCUACGGGGCGGAUAUCUUGAUCCGCCAGAUGGCGGUAAAGAGGAUGGUUCAGAAAAAUGCUUGGUUUCAUUUGAUGCCCGAGGUUGAAGGGUCACGUUGGUACAGCCAAUACUUGGAGGAAGGCGACACAAGUCCGAUCGCUCUGUCCAAGCUACAGGAAGAACUAUCCCGCAGGGAAGACAUUUUCUGCGCAUUAAAAGAGAUGAAUGUUGGCCAGAGGGUGCAUCGGACUCAGAAACGCCUGAUAAAACUGUUGCUGCCCCAAGCAUGCCACAGGGAUGUUACAUAUUAUGACGGCCCUAUUCCAUACGGACCUUGCACCAGGGCCCUGCAGUAUCGCAGACUGCACAAACUUGUGAGCGACUACAUUGACACAGGGAAAGAGGAAACAUUGGGAGAAAUUUGGGACUUCAUCAUGUUUAAAUUGAGAAGUUUCUUCGUUGAGGAGGAACAUCUGCGAGUCCCUAGCCACAGCCGGCAGCGCGGACGUAUAUAUAGUGGUAGGAGGAAUGUUGCCGUGAGAGAAUCUCGGUGUGCGGGCGGCUUUGUAACAGAGGGCCACGCCCAAACGACUGCGUGUACUACAAGCCAAAACAACAGCGCAUCUGUCGUUAGAGAUUUUGUUGGACUUGAAUGCGUUGGCAGGAAUACCAUGCAGGUUUUUGACAGUGGAUUUGCCUUUGAAUUUCACAACUCUCGUAGUGCAUGA